AUGCGAUACGGGGAUGAAAUGGCUGAGGAUGAUAUUGACGAACAAUUCACACCGCAUCCAAACUUUGAAGAUAUACAAUUCGAUGCUGGGGAUGCUGGUGGUUUAAGAGUACCGGGUGAACUCUGGGAUUGUUUGUUUGAUUAUCAAAAGACGUGCGUACAAUGGUUAUGGGAACUACAUCGUCAGCAUGUGGGUGGUAUAUUGGGUGAUGAAAUGGGUUUGGGAAAGACCAUCCAGAUCAUUGCCUUUCUAUCCAGCUUAUACUACUCCAAAAUACUAGGUCCCGGUCAGCCUUCCAUCAUUGUCUGUCCUGCAACUGUUAUGAAGCAAUGGGUCCAAGAAUUUCAUAAAUGGUGGCCUCCUUUAAGGGUAGCCAUCUUGCAUUCAAGUGGUACAGGUGUCAAAACUUCAAUCACAAACAAUAAGGUCGCCGUUCUGGAUAGUGACGAAGAGUAUACUUACAAUGCAGACGAUGAUACGUAUGAACAGGAUCGUAGAGGAAAAAGUGCUAAAAAGGGUAAAGGGAGAUCCUCUGUCAAGAGCAUUUUGACCACCAAGGCAGGAAGAAAUGCUGAAGCGUUGGUAGAGGAGUACGUAAAGAAAGGUGGUAUUCUGAUCACAACUUAUAGUGGUGUUCAAACCUAUCGUGAAAUUUUGCUCAAGCAUCGCUGGGGAUAUGUGGUUCUAGAUGAAGGUCACAAGAUAAGAAACCCUGAUUCAGGUACAACAUUGGCUAUCAAGCAAUUUAAGACACCACAUCGAAUUAUUCUGUCCGGUACACCUAUCCAAAACAAUUUGAAAGAAUUGUGGUCCUUGUUUGAUUUUGUCUUUCCAGGUCGACUUGGCACGUUGCCCGUGUUUCAAACCCAAUUCUCGGUACCUAUUGGUAUUGGUGGAUACGCUAAUGCGACCAAUGUACAAGUUCAAACUGCAUAUAAAUGUGCAUGUAUGUUACGUGACCUCAUCAACCCCUAUCUACUUCGCCGUAUGAAAAUCGAUGUUGCAUCCGACUUACCCAAGAAAAACGAACAAGUCCUGUUUUGUAAACUCACGCCCUUUCAGCGUCAGGCAUAUCUGGGUUUCAUUCAUUCCAAGGAUAUGGAUGCUAUCUUGGAACAUCGUCGACAAGUGCUCUAUGGUAUUGACAUUGUGCGAAAGAUUUGUAAUCACCCUGAUAUCAUCAACUUGACUUUGCCGCAUACGGAUCCAGACUAUGGUAACCCCGAAAGAAGCGGGAAAAUGGUUGUGGUUCGUGCCCUGUUAAAGAUGUGGAAACAGCAGCAUCAUCGUGUCCUGUUGUUCUGUCAGACAAAACAGAUGUUGGAUAUUCUGGAAAUCAUGAUGAGGCGUGCACCGUAUAAAUAUUUGCGAAUGGAUGGUACAACACCUGUCAGUCAAAGAAUGGCCUUGGUAAACGAUUUCAAUGCUAGUCCGGAUAUCUUUGUAUUUCUUUUAACUACAAAGGUGGGGGGUCUUGGUCUGAAUUUAACAGGUGCUGAUCGAGUGAUCUUGUAUGAUCCUGACUGGAAUCCUUCUACAGACAUGCAGGCAAGAGAAAGAGCUUGGCGUCUUGGACAAAAGAAAGAAGUCACUGUAUAUCGUCUGAUGACAAGUGGCACCAUUGAAGAAAAAAUCUAUCAUCGACAAAUCUACAAGCAGUUUUUGACGAACAAAAUUUUAAAGGAUCCGAAACAACGUAGAUUCUUUGAUGCAAGUAACUUACAGUCGUUAUUUACGUUGGCGUCAGAAGAUGCGGUAGGUACGGAAACAGGUGAACUCUUUAAAGGCACCGAAAUCAAUUACAGCAAAAACAAGAGAAAGAAGACAAAGAACGGUGAUGAUCUGAAACAGUUGACAUCUAUUGAAGACGAAAGAAGAAAAGAGAGAGAACAGGAUAACGAAGACCAUGUAUUAAAAAGUUUGUUUGAAAUGACAGGGAUACAAAGUGCUUUACAGCACGAUCAAAUCAUGGAUUCGGCCUCACACGAUUCUAUGUUUGUUGAACGCGAAGCCACUAUCAUUGCGGAACGAGCGGCUGCUGCACUGAAGGAAUCAAGGCGCCAAAGAAGACAGCAGGAUAUAGGUGUUCCUACUUGGACAGGACGUUCCGGAGCAGUGGGAGCCCCAAGGCCAAGUAAAAAUACCUAUAAAGCAUCUCCUGUACCUAAAUUUGGUUCUGGUAGUGUAUCAGGUUUCAAAAGCCGUGAUGCUACCGCCAAACCCUCGUCUGGCAGUCUAUUGGCAAAAAUGAGAGCACGCAGAGCCAUGGAAGCAAACGAUAACAGUCCAGCACCAGGUAAAACACGAUGCGUUUAUUCUAUAAGAGCUUAUAUUUAUGACAUAUAA